AACCAGUUAGCUGAAUACGCUAGGUAUGGAAACUAGGGAAAUUUGCUGCUGACGUUUGUUUUGCCCAGUUGAACAUGAUGUAGAAAGCGGGAUAAUCUGUCUAGGUGGUGAUGAUAGAUAAAUGGAAAAAAGAGAUAAUAUAACGCUGACUAAGGGGGUAGGAAAAGAGGGAGAAAAGAGCGGUGAUACUGGUGGUUCGUUAGGAAAGAUAUGUUCUUAAUUAGUGUAGAGAGAGGACGGAAGUAGCUUGAGCUGUCGAUAUUUGGCGGGCUGGCGGGGUCCUCGAAUAAAGUUUAGGUAUCUCUGUACCUGAAACUCCACUAUUUACAGGUACAUAUGGAUGUACCUAGGUACACGGUACGGAUCCGUAAACGAGCUGUUUUGAAUUUUUGAAUUAAAAGUUGAGGCGCUCUUAAAACUCAAUUGUGGCUGAUGUAUAAUUCUUGAACUUCCACCAACGAAAUUGGAGCAUGUUUUUUUGAUCUAGAAUAUUAACGAUCAACCCGCCCAGUCCCUCUUCGCAUAACCCACGCCCGACAAUUCCAAGAUGUCGAAGGCACGCUCGGCUGCCACUGGCGCUGACCAGAUGGUCAAGCUCAUAGUGGGAGCUGGAAAAGCUGCUCCUAGUCCUCCAGUUGGUCCUGCGCUUGGAAGUAAAGGUGUUAAGUCGAUGGAUUUUUGCAAGGAAUUCAAUGCGCGAACGGCACACAUUAUACAAGGGACGCCUAUGCCGACGCGAGUAACGGUACGAGCAGACAGAUCAUUCCAUUUUGACGUUCGAACACCACAGACUUCGUGGCUCCUCAGGAAUGCGGCGGACCUACCAGUUAGUAAGAAGGGGAAGAAAAAAGCUUCGAGCAAGCCGGGACACGAAAUAGUAGGCACGGUUACUCUAAAACAUAUUUACGAAAUUGCCAAGAUAAAGCAAACCGAAGAACGGCUCUCCGGUCUUCCUCUAGAGGGUCUCUGCAGGGCUGUUAUUUUCCAGGCCAAAUCGAUGGGUAUCGCUGUUGUCGCAUAAACGGAAGGC